AUGAAGCCUUCCGUUUUCUCUCUACUCUCCGUCCUCCUAUACAUCACCAUUUUGUUUCCCCAACAAUUCUCCGCCGCCGCAGACAGCCGCAACCGAGUUCUCCACACCGCUUGCGCGCAGACCAAAUCGCCAGAUGUCUGCAUUUCCGCCAUUCAAUCCGAUCCCCGAAGCGCCGCCGCCAAGGGCGACGUGAGAGUAUUUAGCUUAAUCGCCCUCGAAAAGGCACUGUCAGAGAUCGGCGGUAUGAAGGAAAGAUGCCCGGAGGUGUACCGGAGACUUAUUGGCGACGCCGGAGAUGCCAUAAAGAAGUUGAAGGCCAGACGUGAUGUGCCGUCGGUUAAUCUUAGCAUAAGGAGUGCGAUUAAAGAUGUAGUUACUUGUUCUAAGGGUGAGGAUAUUGUCCUCACCUUACUUGGUAUUUCCAAGGAUGUUCUCAACAUCAUUAAUUGA